AUGAAGCAGCUGAAGGGUGCACGAAAGUCAAGUCGCAGGCGCCCGAAGAAAACAACUCCGGCCAAGAUAUACCCGUCACCCACCCUAUACUAUGGGAACAUCCAGGACUACUUCGGCGCUCCCCGCGAGUAUUAUGCUGUCCCAUGCGCGGAUGCGCUUGUGGUGAUGCGGAGCGAGCCGAUGCUGCGGCUGGUGAGCAUGAUCAAGAGGGGUACCACUGCCGGGGAGCUGUCUCGUGAGUUCGAGCAAGAUACGGCAUUUCGUAAAGCUGUCAAUGCUGCUGUUGAACAGCUAAGGCUCAUAGCUGAUGGCCAGCGCUGUGACGUCACCCGUGACCUCGUUAUAUACUUUGAGCGUGUGGUCGAGCGGCCUUCGGAGUAUCCGCAUUUUGUGGAUCGCGCGCACUCGAUAAAGCGCCUGCAGGAAUUUUGGCGCCGUCGGGAGUUCGUAAGGUACCGAGGCCUAUUCAAGCAGGUGUACUGGCGGAUGCGCCAAAUCGCGGGCAAGGUCAACUACGCGGGCGUCACUCUGCAAGACUUCCGUGAUCCCGCCCUCUGGAGGCGAUACGGCGUUUUCAAAGGACUCCCUCGCUCCAGCAUGGUCGACAACUACCUUGUGAAGCACAAGAUCGCGCUUGACAGCGAUAUACGCGACUUUUACUUCAUCGACGGGGACACCGAUGAGGUGCGCUGCGUCUUGGACGCGGAAGCCGAGGGGCGGACUAAACGCCGAGUGGACGCGUUGGACCCUAAAGUGAUGGAUCGCAUAGCCCGUGACCUCAGGGAACUUGGAGUGUUUCCAAACAAUGAGUGGAAUACGAUGAACAUGUCUCGCAUCGACGAGUUGCAACGGGACUGCGCAUCGCCUGACGCUCAGCGGGCUUAUGCCAUUCGGGAUUUCUACCUCACGCACGCCUGCCCAGGGUACCGUGUCAACGGUGACCGGUUCUACCUGGAGUCGUUCGUGAACCACCGGUACAGGACGCGUACUCUGGAACGUGACCUGUCAGUGAAGUACGACAACUGGCUACGAAGCGGCGCCCCGCGCCCAACGCCGAGGCCUGUGGGAGUUAAGUACCAGCACAUGGCCACGUGGAAGCGGCUGUCUCGCAACCAACGGCGGCAUCUCGUGCAAGAGUUCCUGUAUCCCAAAGCACAGGGCAAGCCAACUACGGAGUCCGCCACCACGGACGGUGCUGCUCCGAAUUCCACAGCGGUGGAUAACACACAAAGCGUCUAA